AUGACAGCUGACGACAAGACCUGCCUCGUCAAGGUCUGGGGCGGAGGUGGCCCCAACGGCCUGCCUUUCGACGACUCCACCGAGAUGGUCGAGAUCAACAGGCUGUUCUCAAGCCUCCAGGUGUCGCAGAUCAAAUGCGGCCGCCACCGCUGGGUGGACAGUAUCCAGCUUGAGCUGGGUCUGGGCGACACCAAGUGGUCCCUGCCAGAGCAUGGCGGGAAGGGUGGCGCGACAGACACGCUGACCUUUUCGGAGGACCAGAGAAUCGUCGCCGUCGACCUGAGGUGCGAGAGGUACAUCGACAACGUCAGCUUCUGGACGGACGACGGCAUGGAGCACGUCGUCGGCGGCCCUGGCGGGAGCUAUAGAGGACUGUGGUCUUCAAGGAGGCCGUCAGGAACGCGACCGGACGCCUCCCCGAGAGCGCGUGGCUGGUGGGCCUGUACGGCCACUCCGACCAGUACGUGGACUCCCUCGGCUUCUACGUGGCCUAGGUCGAAUUCGACAGGGCGCCGCAAAAAGAGCAUAAACAGACAUGUUGCCUAA